AUGGGGUCCAGCACACUGCUUCUCAAACUCUUGCUGAUGUCCCUCAUCUACUCUGAACUCAGUCAAGGUGAAACAACCGAUUCUGGAAUCACUGAAGUAAAAGCUGUAGUGAAGGUGUCUCCAGAUCAGCGUGUGUUCAGAGGAGAGACAGUCACUCUCACAUGUGACAUACAGAGAGGAGAAGACAUUCAGUGGAUAUACAGCUGGUUUAAAGAUGGUUCUGUCAUCCCAAACAUCACUGAGAGAGUCUACAACAUCACAUCUCUGUCUGAUAGAGCUGAAUACAGCUGUGAAGCAAAGAUCAAGAGUGCUGCUGUUACACUGACUGUCUCAGAUUCACCCAGAUCUACUCUGACUGUGACUCCAGACAAUACAGUAUUCACUGGAGAGAGAGUGAGACUGAAGUGUGUGAUUGAGUCUAACAGUGUCUGGAGACAGAGAAAUGGCCUGACAUAUUACUGGAGAUAUGAGUGGUAUAAAGACAGAGUAAAGUUACAGUCGUCUGAGCGUUACACUGUAAACACAGACACUCUCACUAUCAGAGCAGUAACUACAUCUGAUGAGGGUCAGUACACGUGUAGAGGACAGAGAGAUGAAAGACCAAACUCAUCACAAUCAAGCUCUGCUGUUUCUCUCUCUGUGACGGAUCUGAAGCCAAAGCCUGAACUCAGAUCAGAUCCUGCAGGAGAUGUACUGACAGGAAACACAGUGACUUUGACCUGUCUCAUGAAUCUGUCUCCUGGAUGGGACUUUUACUGGUACAAAGACACACUGAACUCUGGGACAAAGACAGAAACAAACUCCUACAGAGUGAAGAUUGAUUCAGUGUCUGAUGGAGGUCAGUACAGGUGUAGAGCUGGAAGAGGAAUACCAGUCUACUACACACAAUACAGUGAUGCACUGUGGGUAAAUGUUAGAGUGAGUCCUAAAGCUGUGGUGACGGUACGACCGGAUAAACGAGUGUUCAGAGGAGAAACAGUCUCUCUCAGAUGUGAUAUAAAGUGGGGAGGAGACACUGAGUGGACGUACAGAUGGGAAACAGAGGGAACACACUACCAAUAUAACUCAAUCUCAACACAAGAGCUGAACAUCAGCAGUGUUAAAUACAUUCACCGUGGUAAAUACACCUGUACAGGACUGAUGGGAACACAAAGCUCUCAGCGCAGUGAUGCUGUUACACUGAAUGUAUCAGCUGAAGCUCAGGCAGCAGUGCGAGUGUCUCCACAGCCGUGGCUGACUGAAGGAGACUCAGUGACUCUGAUCUGUGAGGUUACAGUCUCCUCUACAGGCUGGACGUUCAGCUGGUUCAGAGAUGAUGAUCAUCUGUCCGACAGCAGCAGAGGAGCUGGAGGCUCUUACACUCUCAGUCCUGCUGCUCGACAGCACACAGGAGUUUAUACGUGCAGAGCAGAGAGAGGACGACCGGCCUAUUACACAAAGACCAGUAACACACAGCCCCUGUGGAUCACUGGUGCUUCUCCUUCAGUGUCUCUGGUGGUCCGUCCCAGCAGAAGUCAACACUUCUCAUCUGACUCUCUCUCUCUGAGCUGUGAAGAUCAGACGAACUCUGCUGGAUGGACAGUGAGAAGAUACACAGACAGAAACACAGAAGAUUGUCCAAAACUAACAGGAUCUACAUGUCGACUCGUGUCUCUCAGCACAUCUGACUCUGGAGUUUACUGGUGUCAGUCUGAAUCUGGAGAGAAACACCAUCCUCUCAACAUCACUGUACACGAUGGUGAUGUGGUUCUGGAGAGUUCUGUUGAUCCUGUGAUUGAGGGACAUACUCUGACUCUACACUGUUUACAUCGAUCUACAAACUCCUCGACCCUCAGAGCUGAUUUCUAUAAAGAUGGAUCACUCGUCCAGAAUCAGACGACAGGAGAGAUGAUCAUCACGACUGUCUCAGAGUCAGACGAGGGUUUCUACUACUGUAAAACAGAGAGAGGACAGUCACUGCACAGCUGGAUCUCAGUCAGAGAGAAGAAAGUAAGCCAUGCAGAUUUGGAACAUCUUGAGAAAAAAUUAAUUCAUGCACCUUUAGAACAACUUGUGUCAGGUCCUCACAUCAUCCUCGGUUUUCUUCUGGCAGCUUGUCCGUAUCUGCUGGCGACAGUCGUGCUGCUUUACAAAUGCUACAGAGCGAGAGUUCCAUCUACUGAAGACCAAAGCCAGUACGCUGUUACAGAAGAAGAAACUUAACCUGAUAUUCCACCCAUCCACCACCAAUCAUCUUGUCCUCUGUAGGGUCACAUUAUGCUAGAUUAAACCCAACACCUCGAGCUGAAGGCAUAGAAAAAACCCUGGAUGGAUGAUUCACUCACACCCACAUACAAUUUACUGUCUCCAGUUCAGUUCUCCUGCAUAUGUUUAUAUUGUAAAACCACACCAACACAUGGAGAAACUCCACACUGAAAGGGCUCCUGAAUCCCAGGACUCAAACUGUGACCUUCUUGCAUUCUGAGCCUUAAAUGAGUCUUAAUUGUUGAAAAUAAUAUGUUUAAUGUGUCUGCAGAAGACCAAAGCUAGUAUGCUGUAACUCAUCUACAUAUUAUCAACAUAUUUUAUAUAUACAAUAACUUUUUAGUCUUUAAACAUGGUUUGAUAAUGCUUAAGUCUGUUCUGAUUUUAUAUGCUUUAAAUUAGAUUUUUUCAGAACCUUAAAAAGGUUCAGCAGCUUUAUCGUGUGAUUAUUUUUUUUGUCUGUUCUUAUAAGGAAAGCUUGAUGCCUUGUUUUCUGCUUUAGAUUACUUGUUUGAGUAAUUAGCCAACAUGCAUAUAGUUUUAUUCUGUAACACAUUCUGUAUGAAUGAAAUUAUUAAGUGUGUAUUCCAGAGAGCAUAAUAAAUAUACAUUACGUGAUCAAAAAACAAUGCCAUAGUGUCAGCCAUAAUGAAAUGAUGAACCUGUAAUUACAUCUUUUGAAGGUGUUUCAUCAGUUCAAAUUCAUUGUAAUCUACUGAAAGUAGGC